AUGGCUAAAAAGAAAAUUGAAUUAUUUAUUAAUAUAGACAAUGAAAAAGAGUUUGAGAAUAUGAUAACGACUAAUUCGAAAACAUUGAUUUGCGCUGACUUGUAUAAUUCUUACGCUGGACCCUGCGUUGUGUUAGAUCACCUCUUUAUAAGAAUUAAAUUGGACUGGAGUGAUGAUAAGAUUAUUCUUUUGAGGAUCCGAGUAGACGAUAUACCAUCACUUGAAAGGUUUAAAAAUCAUUGUGAACCAGUCUUUGUAUUUAUUUUGGAUAAAAGAAUAACGAAAAUAUUUCGUGGCGUAGAUAACAUAAGGUUCGCUGAGGUUGCUAAAAAGGAGGUUGAAUAUUUUAAAAGCAGACUGGAAGGGGUCAUUGAUGAUAGAAAAACUUACAAUUUCGAUGAAGUGCUACCAGAAGAACAGGAAUGGGUGAAAAAGCUUGUUUUGGAGCAAAAGCAGAGAAAAGCUAUCGUUUUGAUGAGGAAGAAGGAAAGGCAAGCUGCUCGCAAGCGUCACCGGGCUGAGCUGAUGGUUCCUUACUUAGAACACCUUAAUUUCGUGCUGUACUGGCCUCAUGCUGUUCACGCUCAUCCCGAGCUAUACGAACGAUGGGAUGUUAACAGUUGA